CGGUUGGCUAGCACCGCGUGAGGUACUCCCUACCUCCGAACUCCGUCCUCCACUCAAACCACCUAGUGCGAUCGCUUUUAUCUCUAUCAGCUUUUAUCCGUCCACAAUUUUUGUUCUUAUUUAUCAAUAUCGUUUUCUAAUAGGCCUAACAGAGAUGCCGAUCAUGGGAUCGCAUCCACCUCUUCUAACCGGAUUAUCCUCUUCCAGAGGCUAAGUUAUUCCGUCCGAAAAGAAAACGCCGUCCUGAUGGUUUAUUUAAAAAGAUGACCUUCAAAAUGCCUAUAGUGUCUAAGGACGAAAUGGCUCUACGUUUUCAUCAGAACUGGCGAGAACAGAACCCGGAUGAUUUUGUCGACGACAACGGAGGUGUCGACGAUUGUCUUACUAACCUUAAUUGGUUGCAAAAUCUGAACAUCAUGACAAAAAUCGGGGCACCGACCCCCGAGACACCACCAGCCAGCCCUGUGCCCUCUCCGGACUCUUUCCUAUCGUCUAAGACAUCUCUAUGUUGUGGAGAAAGGAAUUUAGUAAAUAAAUCAAAGAACAAUUUCUGCAACAAACCUGUUGUAGAGGAUGUGGACUAUAAGACGAAUGGAACAGUAAAACCACCUUACUCUUAUGCAACUUUAAUAUGCAUGGCCAUGAAGGCCAACAAGAACAAAAUGACUCUCUCAGCCAUUUAUAAAUGGAUAAAAGAGAAUUUUAUGUAUUAUAGGAAUGCUGACCCUAGUUGGCAGAACUCUAUUCGCCACAACCUGUCGCUCAAUAAAUGUUUCAUAAAAAUACCUCGAAGCAAAGAUGAACCUGGAAAAGGAGGAUUCUGGAGGCUUGAUCCUCAAUAUGCAGAAUCACUUGUAGAUGGAAUUUUUAAAAAACGGAGACCGGCACAACGCCAAGCGGGCAGUGGAGCAGCGAAGAAGUGCAGACGUGACAACAAACUGAAAGGGCAAAACGACACAUUAACAAGGGUCUUAGAGACAUUUCAGCAAGACACUCCACCCAGUUCAGCCGGAUCUCUGGUAUCGCAUUCUGAAGUUGAGUUAAUGGCGGAUUUGAAGCCAUUGGCAGUCAUGUCAUCUUCUCCAUCGCAGCAGGAAGUAUUCGGUUAUGCCAGUGUCAAUAAUAUCUGUGAAUUUCAACCAGAGAGACUUCUUCUACAGCCACACAAUAACAAAAUGCCACAAUCUACUACUCUCAGUCAACAGGACGAGGAAGUUCUUCAAACGUUGGAGCCUUUGCCUCACUCUAACAUUGCGAAUAACGGAUUGAGAGUGGCUCAUACCGCAAUCAUGAAUGGGCAGUCAAAUAAUGAUUUGUGCUGGAAUGAAGUUCUCGGCGAUCCUGACUUGGAGCUGGAGAGCCUGUAUAAAUAUCGCCCAGAAGAUUCCAUUUCCUCUGUGGUAAACACAGCUCUGGCACUCAAUGAUGAUCUGUUUAGCUCAGAUGGUAGCAGUUCAGAUUUGCCAACAGAGUUGGAUCUGGUUUCUACAGAUCAAUUGGACAUUACUAAUGGAAGUGGUCAUGCAAUGCAAACGACAACAGACUGGUGGGGUUUUCAACACCCCUCUCUGGAUGUGACCCUUACACCCCUGCUCAGUAUUUCAGUGCCAUUUGGUACACCCGGUGCAACGCCUAUUUCCACCACCAACGCUGUAAUUGGGAAUAAUAACAAUGGUAUCUUUAUCAAUGGAUACGUUCAGAAUGCAGCCUCUUACGUGGUAGACAGGCCUCCAAUUCAACAGCAGCAAGAUGCGCUGCAAAAUCAGCCAUGGGCCGAGUGCAAGGCAGCUUUGGAAGCUGCAGCUCUCGAUCUUGACGACCUCAGUGAUCUGGAUCAUGUCCACGUAUACUGAUGAAUACAGCGUCGUUUACUCUAGUAUUAUGAACUGUUUGUGAAAAUAUUUUGCUUUUCAAGUGCCGUGAUUUUCUUCACGACGGAUACCACUUUUGACCAUCUGCAAGUACAUCCGUCUUAAUUGACAAUCGAGAGAUUAAGAGAUGAUUCUCGUGAUACUAAACUUGUACUGUCUCAAGCUCGUGUUUUAAAGUUGAGUCCAUCUUUAGAAUGUGUUUGUUACGGAGUGAAAUGCUAUGGAAUGUAAGGAAAAUGUAUCAUUUGCCAUAGAGAUUUUUGCUGUUACCAUUCUAAUAGUUAUAGCAUUUAUAACAUUAUUAAAAUUGAAUUCAUAUAAUAUUUUUAUGUACCGUUUACAAGAAAAAAUAAGAAUAAGCACUAUACAAAUUAAAAAAUUAUAACUAAAUUAAAUAGUUAUAUAAUACCAAAAUUUAGAUACUCUUCUUGUGGUACUCAGGUCAUUGCAUUUACUAAAGUUUAGGGUUUAAAAGAAAUAAAGUAACAUCAGUGCUGAAGGAGAAACAUAAUUAUUGAACUAAUUCUUUUUCUUCUAUCAUAAAAAUGUUCAGAAAUGAAAUAAGUUAUUAACAUAUCAUGUUGCCCGUCCAUAAUAAUACAAAUUUUAUGCUUCAGAAAUUUAUUGCAGUUUAUCCGUCCAUUUUAACAUUAAUAAUAAUGGAAGUAAUUUUUAGGUAUAGCUUGUUAUAAUAUUAAUUGAUGAAAAAUAUCAAAUGUUAUAUCAAUUUAUAAAAAAAGCUAAUUAAUACUUCGUUCAAACGGCCGUCCAUAUAUAUAUUUCAUAACUAAUCCUACAAUAAGAGAGAGAGAGGGUUUGCUACCAUAGGGGUAAUUUGGUGUUUUAAUAAUAAUAAUCAUUGCUGAAGGCAAAUGCCUCCACUAUUAGACCAUAUAAAGGUGAUUCACUAUUUGUCAUAGUUUCAGUGUAGUGACAACUUUCUGAAGAGAAUUGAGAGCAAAAUUGAUUUAAAGUUAGACAGGAAAAAGAAGAAGAAAAAAACAUUAUUAAGCUGAUGGCUUUUAAACUAAAGGCGUAAUUUAAUAUUUCUUAAAAUUUAUUAUUUGCGCUAAAUAAAAACAAAUUAAAUAAAAAUGUAUUAUUAUAACUACAUUUAUAAAUAAAUAAUCGCCAGCAAAAUAUAGGCUUACGUAUUUUUUGUAUUUAGAUAGUUCAAAGUCAUCCAACCUAAAGUCCAUCAACUAAAAUAAAAUCAUUUAUAUUAUUUUAUUAGAAUAAUUUUUCAAUAAUUAGAAUGCCAGAAUUUGAUUAGAAAUA